GCGCUGUGACGCCAACAACCGUAGAAGAAGAAAGCGGCUUCUUCUACUGUGAGGGAUGGAGACGGCCGUGUUUUGACUUUGAAAAUUAUAAAUAUUCUGAUUUUACUUCAAGGAAUCUAAAGGAUUUUAAAGGGAGACAUGUUUUUAAGAAUCGGACGCUCGUCCCGGGCUGUACUGCUCUGUCGGUGCUCAGCAGCGAGCGGACUGUGUGUUCCAAAAGCGACCAGAAAUGUCAACUUGACAGCUCCGAAAAGGAGGGAACUUUCCUAUCACCCCAAUGAAGUAUUUUUAUUUAGGACUUGCAGCACAAGUCAAGCUAAAUUGAACUGUUGGAACUGUAAGCAUCUUCUUGACAACGUCCCUGCAUUCUUCUGCAACUCCUGCAAAGUAAUUCAACCCCCAGAAGAAGGGGCUUCCUAUUUUAAGAUCCUGGACUGUGACUACACUUUCUCGCUGGAUACACAGAAGUUGCAGAAAAGAUACCUGGAGCUGCAGCGGUCCCUCCACCCAGACAACUACAGCCAGAGAUCAGUGAGAGAGCGGGAGUUUUCAGAGAGCCAGUCGGCGCUGGUGAACAGAGCGUACAGGACUCUGCUGAAGCCGCUGAGCCGCGGCCUGUACAUGCUGCAGCUGGAGGGGAUGCAUCUGGAGGAAGGCAGGAAACUCACAGACUUGACAGAGCAGAUAGAUGCUGCCCUUCACAGAGGAGAGCUUCAUGCUGCCAAAGCACUUCUUGUCCAAAUGAAAUACUACACAAACAUUGAAGAGAAGGUGAAGGAAAAGCUCUCUGAAUUCAUGUAAGGACUCUUUUAAUGCUGUAUUCAUAGUUGCUUUGAAACCUUUGUACCCAAUUGUGCAAAUGAUGUCAAUAAAUGAGAUUUACUUGGAUUGUCUGUAA